UUUUAAAGUAACGGCAGCUGCUCUCUGCAAGAUCACAUGACGCUUGGCUCUUCCAUGUUUUGGUUUAAUUCUGGCAUCAGCUGUGAGCUUUUUAAUCAUUCUCAGAUAAUGUGGUAUUAUUACUACAAUUUUUUUUUACUGCAACUAAAUGGUAGUAGAAAUAUUCCUUUAGGUUGUUUUUGUUUUCUUUUUUGUUUGGUUUUUUUUUUAAUGACUUAAACAUGCAGACUGGUCUCUCUUUGAUGUGAUUGGGAUGGAGAACCAAAUUACUUGCUACAAAGCACAAAUAGUGCCAAAACUGAAGGUAACUAGGAAGCUUAUUGAAGAGGUCUGCUGUUCUCCUUCAUCACCCAGACUUGAGCCAGUGAAGCUCAAACCAAAUAGGUUAUUUACACCAGUGCAGUACGGACAAAAACCCAAAGGUAGGACUAGAGACUUCUCAAGGUCUCAGUUGCAGCAGACAGUGGACACAGCAAUGGUUAUGGCAGAUCAUCAUGGGAAAAUACAAGGACGACAACCCCUUGCCAUGUUUUCAGAAAGUCAGCAUAGGAAAGGUGUGUUGUAUAUAUAAUAAACCAUUGCUUUCUGGUUUGCUGUCUUUUUUGUAAUAUUGCUUGAAUUUGGGGAAGAAAUGAAGUUGUACUCAAUGCAUUUGUGCAUUACAUAUUUGAAUAUCAAGUUCCAUUAGCAGUUUUCUAACAGCAGUUCCCUCACAAAAUCAAAACAAAAUUUCUUACUAUCUAUCUGUCUCUCUUUUAUAAACAGAAUGAUACUAUUGUGCAAACACUGGAAAUUUUGUGGGCAGUUGUGUUGGUCUCCAGGUAUACCACCUUAAUGAAACUCUCCCUUCAGACCUGACCUGCAGUGCGUGAGACAGCUUUUCACACAUGUCAUUCUUAACUGACUGAGCAGAUUUAGGCAUCACCACUGUCCCAUUCUCUGGGUCUCUGCUGAGCCACUACUAAAGGUCAUUAUUAACUGGGUCUUUUUUAUAUGAUACAGCCCUGUGGAACAGACCAUUUUCAGAUGAUUGGGGAUGUAGUGCAGUAUUUCAAGCACACUCUUUUUCAGGCCUUUUCUAAAUUCUCUACAUAUUGAUUUCAGCUGGGUACAGUAUAAAUUUUUGCAUGGUUGAAUGGGAAGCAUUCAGUAUGAAGGGAGACUGAAAACUAUAUCUGAUAAUUAUUCUUUUGUGGUGUUAACUGUUCUAAGAACUUCUUUCAUUGCUAAAAAUGAAUUGUGCAGGAAAAGAUCUCUUAUUCUGUGGUUGUUCUCCCCCAAGACUUUGCUUGAAAUAUACCUGUGCAGACUCUUGAAGCCCUUGCAAAGUUUGUACAUUGUCAAAUCAAAUGAGUACACCUGUGAACUACCAGUCAAACUGUAUCUAGGAAAUCAUCCUUUUUUUAAGAGGUCUGCCAGUGGUACUGAGGGGAAGAACAGUGUAGUUCUUUCAUGUGUAGUUUAAGAACACACAGUAUUAGGGGGAGACCUAGUCUGUUUGCAGUUAAGUGCAACCCAAGAGUUAUGCCUGGAGUAAAAUUGCCCUUCAUUGGAAAUAGGGCACACUAUAUGCAUGGGAUAAUCAGUCAAAUCCUGCAGUGUACAGUGAGGAAAGUCUUUUUAAACCUUGUACCUUUUUUGUCUUAUCUUAACAGCCAGCAAGAUAGUACUCAGCCCAAUGGCUUCCACAGCUGGAGCACAAGAAAGAAUUGCUCAACCAGAGAAGCCUGUAACAUUACAGUUUAGAGGGAAAACAUUUACUUUGUCUUACAGUCAGUUCUGUCAGCUUAUUGGUAGACAGUCUCUGAAGCAUCAAGCUAAAGUAAGGUGCUACAAGAUUCAAUUCACAUCUUUCUCUUUUUUUUCUCUCUUUUUUUUUCUUUGUUCUUUUUAACUUUUUAACUAUUGAGAAAUCAAAAUUUUAGAAGCUACAAUAUCCUUAUAUUGUAAUAUCAUGUGUCUGUGAAAUUAAAUUAUUUUUCUUCAUUAAAAUAUUUUUCUUGUCUUGCUGCUUUCCUGGAAAAAUGAAUUUAUUAAUGUGACGGUGGAUGACUUGAGUACUAAAUCUGAAUUGGUAUCUACACUUUCGUGUCCAACUCAGGUACUACGCUAACUCUUCAUAUGAUAGAGUAUAUACUUGAUCAUGAACAAUGUAUAGUUUACAAGAUUCGUGUGUGCAUAUCUGUUCGCUGAAAUAGUCAAAGCUUUAAUAUUUAAAGCAUGUAGAAUAUUGUAAUUGCCUGGUCUCAUCCGUCUGUACUAGCGGACUCUCCAACAGCAGUUUGAAAGUCCCGUUAUAUUUUUGCCAGUAGGCAUAAACUAGGAAAGCAGAUUUAUUUUUCAUUAAAAUAUCAAACCUUACAUCAGUCUUUGUAUCACAAAUACUAUUCUAAUCGUCAGCUUUUCUCCUGCUCACGUCUCCUUUCAUAGUCAUUCAUAGAACUUGCAUUAACUAAAUUGUCCUUAUUUUCAACUUUCUUUUGUAUGAAUUUCUUUUUCACAUAAGCUUUAUCUGGUCAAAAUACAUUCAGGUAAGAUUUUUGAAUUAAAGGGUAUCGUAGAAGAAAAAAGACAACUAAAGGAACACCUGGACAAAAUAUAUUUUGGGAAUGAGCGUCGUUGUUCCAGAACCUCCCUGUAUGGCAGAGACUUGUUGGAAAUUUGCUCUUGGAUCAGUGAAAGAAAAAUGUCUCAGCAUUGUUCUGCCAGGAUUAACAAAUGGUGCUGGGCUGGCUUUGCAAAUUGCCUUCCAUACUCAAGCACUUCAGAGGUUCUAAAGGGUCCAUUGCAAGAACUCAUUCUGACAUUGAAGCAGCAACAGAUUGCCCUGAAGGAUGUUGUUACUAGAGACCUGUGUGUAUUGCCAGCUCUAGCUGUUGCUCCUCCAGAUUUGUAUGUAGCAAAUCCUCCUUAUACCCACGAAAUGAAGGUCUUGAAGCUUAAUCUAAAGGAACAGAUACUUCCCUACCUCCAUUCAAUGCAGCAUAUAGCAAGGCCUCAUUUUCUACAGUUUCCAAAUCCCCAACUGGUGCAGCAUGAUUCAGGCAAGAUGGAAGCUCUGGCUGUCUUGCUUCGGAAGCUGAAAGCAAGAGGACAUCAUGUGUUGAUCUUGACACAGAUGAUUCCAAUGCUUGAUAUACUGGAGCUUUUCUUGAACUUCCAUUUUCUCACGUACAUAAGAGUUAAUGAGAGCGGUGCUCACAGUUGGCAUUAUCUGGAAUCCAUAAAAAACUUCAACCGAGACAAGCGAUUCUUCUGUGCUAUUCUUUCUUCCCACACUCCUUCCACAGGUGUCAGCCAUGUAAAUGCAAAUACUGUUGUCUUCUAUGACACUGAUUUAGAUCCACUGAUGGAUACAAAGGCUAAAGAAUGGUGUGAUAAACUUGCAAGAGACAGAGAUACUCACAUAUACAGGCUUAUAAGUGGUAAUUCUGUUGAAGAGAGGCUGUUGAAAAAAGGUAUUAAACAUUUGAUUCAAGAAGUGGCUGCUCAGGGAGAUGGUUGUUCAACAGACUUAUUAACUCAGGUUCUUUGCUCUGAAUAUGCAAAAGAGGAUUCCAGAAAGUUUACAGAAGAGACACUCUCUGAGAUAAGAAAUGAUAUAGGCUCAGAGUUGUGUGAUUCAAGAAAUACCAUGGUUCCUUCACAGUUAGAACAGCUGGCUAGCUUUGUGGAUCAGCUUAAGCCAAUUGAAAAGUAUGCGUUGAAUUUCUUGGAAUUGUUUCAUACUUUGAAUGAUCAAAAAAGCCAGAAAGUCAACAAGGAGUUAAAAACUGCAAAUAUAAAAUGGGAAUAUCGGCAUCCCAAGGAGCUGGAAAAGGCAGAAGAAAAAUUUCAGCAGGAAGUGGAACUCUUAACGUAUACCAGACAAGAUGCUUAUAACACGGAAUUUGUCUGUGAAGGACCAGAUGGAGAAGUAGAAAUAAUGCCUCUUUGGACUCCCCCUGUUGUACCUGAGAAUCACGAUGAUGUCUACACUGAUUCUGUUAUGUGUCUGAUGUAUACUAGUACUCCUAUUCCAGAGUCUAAGCUUCCACCUCUGUUUGUUAGGAAGGCAUGUAAGCAGCAGAGAACAGAUCUGUCAUCUUCAGGUAAGAGUAAGAAGCGUUGCUGUAGAAGGAUGGUUGCUCCUCCACCUUCACUUUUUGAUUAAGUGACUCCAAGAAUAUUGAACACACGACAGAAGAACAAAGCUCAGAAGACCCUCCUCUGGGUAAAACAGAAAACGUAUUUUGCAAGACCUUUGUCAGCUCUCAUCAAUGCAGCUGCUGACACUGGGCAAGAUAGCCCUGCAUGGCUAAUUGCUGAAGACUUGGCACUGUUAAAAGCAGUGAAACAGUUACGGACACUUCCUUUAAACCUUGCUAUGGUGUCACCUGCACAGACAGCAAACUGGGACUUUGUCAGCGAUGUCGUUAACUCUUGUAGCUAUGUUUAUCGCUCCCCAAAGCAAUGCCAAAAUCAUUACAUAAAAUCACAUGCAGGUCCAGAAGGAGAGAAUAUAGGUGGUUAUCCUCUUCAUGUUAGACAAGCUUAUGCUAAAGACAAGAAUUCUGAGCGUUCUCAAAUCUGUAUGAAUCACUUUGAGUUGAUGACAAUGACUACUAGAAAGAGAAGUUCCUCAAAUAGGUUUCUUGCAGAGAACUAUGACGAGCUACUACCUAUGUCUGAGGUUGUUUCCAUCUGUGCAGAGCCUAUGACGAUGCAGGAAAAGGUCCGUUCAGUUUUUCCAGGUCAAUUCCACUCUGUACGUUCUUUUCAAUAGCUUUUCAAUCCUUUUCAUUUUCAGAUUUUUUCAAUUACUUUCUCACGUAAAAACAAUUGCAAAGGCUAGGAAUAAGGAAAAAUAACAAGAGUUUUUGGAAGACUGAAAAUUGUUCAGUAUGAGUUUUGACUGCCUAAUCCCCUUUCAGUGCAUCAGCUGUCCGUUCCAGAUCUGCUCCUUUACACUUCUGUAGUUGUCUCAUUUUUUUGGCAUUUUAGCAAUGUCUGAAGCAGGCAGCCCUGAUAUAUAAAAAUUUUUUGUCAAGUCAGAAUUUUCUGUUGCAAUUAUUGGUAUAGACAAUUAGGAAUUCAUUUCAGGAUAGAUCUUUACAUGACUUCAUAGUAACAGUCAUGGUUUUUAUCUACUCAGAAUUAAAAUAAUUAAAAAGAAGCCUAUCACUGUGAUCUCCGCCUUCCAUCUGUUUCUGUUGUCAUAAGCAUUGACUGAAGAACAAAUAGCUCCACAACUGCAGGAGCAACAGCCCAGUCAGAAACAAGAAGAGGAACAAACAAUGGAGCAAACCCAAACCCAGUGUCAACCACAGGGGGAAACACAGGCUUUGGGACGUACACUUUCUGAAGUCAUAGCUGUGUUAGAGCAAGUGUCUGUGGUACCUGCCAUUCCAGCACAGCUGCAGCCCUCAACCCCCAGCCAGUUUUUUCAAGCAGAAGCAUUUGACAGCAUCAGUUGUAACCAUCAUUCUGAUGGCAACUGUGCAGAUGGCUUUUGAUGACUCCGCUUAUAUCAGAUUUAGUUGCAAGAAGUUCCAGGAACCAAGUCCUGAUCCUCAGCCCACAGUGACUUCUUUGCCACAGACAAAAUCAAUACAGGAGUUACCCUGAUGGCAGACUGCAGGUGUUCGUGCACCUCUGGAAAGCAAAGCUUUCGUACAGCCUGGAGUCGGUGUACGUGACGCCUUCAGUAGCGGAUGCUGAAAGUAGUGAAAGGUCUGCUUUGUAAAUGAGAACUGAAUGUCGUUACCGGGCAGGUGGAAGUUGUAUUCCCUUUAUUGCUAAGCCCUUCCCCAGGUUUUUUUGGCAGUAUGUUACUGUAGUCACGAGUAACACUAGGUUCCUUUUCUCCCUCCCUUCCCGUCCUACGAGGGCUGUGGUGCCGGUGCUCCAGGUAAGCACUCUACGGUUCCUCCUGCCCGUAGGCACCUUUUCUUUGUGGAUUUUUAGGCGAAACCUUGAAGAAAAGGGUCAGCACGGUUACCCGCUCAGGCAGCACGGACUCUUCGAACGCUUAUCGCGCUCCCCUGCCGGCACGACAAUAAAAGUUACUUUUCUGUCCUG